AUAAACUUCGUCCUAAUUUUAAUAACCAAUACCCUUCUAGCCCUACUACUGAUAAUUAUCACAUUCUGACUACCACAACUCAACAGCUACAUAGAAAAAUCUACCCCUUACGAAUGUGGCUUCGACCCUAUAUCCCCCGCCCGCGUCCCCUUCUCCAUAAAAUUUUUCCUAGUAGCCAUCACCUUCCUAUUAUUUGACCUAGAAAUUGCCCUCCUAUUGCCCUUACCUUGAGCCCUACAAACGGCCAACCUACCACUAAUAGUCACAUCAUCCCUCUUAUUAAUUACUAUCCUAGCCCUAAGCCUCGCCUACGAAUGAUUACAAAAAGGGUUAGACUGAACCGAAU